AUGCCAGCAUGGAGCUGAACCUUGCUCAGGCAGGACUGCAGAGCCCUCCAUACGGAGCUGGGCUGGAGAUGGUGCCCGCAAAGCCCAGCGGCCCUUGGCGUUGGCAGCGCUGGGACCUUCCUAGCUGAGAGUCGGUUAGUGCGUACCGUGGGCAUGCUGAAUGAGCACCGAGUGCCAGAUGGGCUCCUCUCUGUGUCCCUGAACUCACUGCAAACCUGCGCCCAAGCCCAUGGAGACACCAGACUCUUUCAGGCCUGAACGUAGGCUUGGGCCCGGGCUUAGCAGGCAACGCUGAAAUUCACGUCAUUAAAUGAGGACAAGAGCCGAACCUGGCCUACGUGCAGGGUUGGAGGAUAAAUGCUUUGAGGACUGGAGGAAGACUGCUGUUUCCCAGGCCUGGGGAAUCCAGCUGGAUGGGUCUGGUGUAGCCAGGGAUGAAACCCAACUCGCAGCCAGUGGGUGGAAAGACCUGGAAAUGCACCUGGUGAGCUGGUGUACCCGGACCAGGACCUGGGGAAGCAGCAAAUCCAUCCACACAGCUGGCCUCCAGCAUCUGCCUUCCCUUGUACAUGUGGCAGGAGAAGACAGAGGCAGGACCGGGGGGCUGCUGUAGGAAUGGGGUCUCUGGGGACAGUGGAUGAAUUGCGGGGAAAAAAGGAAAAUUCAUCACCAGAACUAACCUGCGCCAGAAAUAAUCACUGACUAAUUUUAUGUCUUGAUGAUUGCCUUUUAACUGCGAGUUAUUACAGACAGCGAGAAAGAAGAUUGUGUCCUGGUGGGAGGAUAAAUGAGUGUUGCCAUAGGAGCGAGGCGAUGCUGCGGCACCGCUCGGUCCAUCCGGACCCACAAACCCGGGCUCUUGGACUACCAACCGCCGAGCCGCGGCAGAGCCCCGGGGGUGGCAACGCGCCGCGGCGAGAAAAGCACCCGUGCGAAUCCGAGGCGAGCUGACAGCCUGGGAAGGUGGAGAAGAUGGAUUUGCAUCGACGAGCCAAAGCCGGAGAGCUGAUAUUUAGCGUGAACGCUGAGCAGAGCCCGUGGGCGGCCGGGCCCCGUCCGUCGCGCUGGUUGACCACCCUCUUGUGCUGCUCCACCAGGCACUUUCUCCCUGCGUUUUUGCAUAGCUGGAUCACAUUUCCAAGGCUUUUCCCCCAACUUCUCCAAGCAAGCCUGGUCCCAGGAGCACUUAUCAGUCUCAGGACAAGGGACAAGCAGGGACUGAGGGGAGUUGCAAGGGAUUAGGAAAGAAUUGGCCCCUGGGAAUCACUUUCCUCCAUCUGCCUGGGUUAAAUUGUAUAGUGGUGACAGAGGCUUUUGAACUUGGCUGGGGAGUGUUCAGAGCUAAACGUGUGGAGGCAAAAACACUCCCAGUCCCUCCCCGCUGCAGGAAACGUGUGUUGAAAGAUCCCCCAGAAGGGAUGGGAGAGCAGCUCUCCAUCCCAUGUCCCCGCUCAGGGAUGAAGCGCUGCUUGGGCUCCGCGUGCCUGCAAACAUUAAUCACUCACCCCCCCCUUUUUUUUUCCCUGGGAGGACAAGCUAGUCAGCAGGAGAUGGGGGCAAGAUUACGAUUCUGCAAGCAUCACGUGAAACGCGAUUAACCGGGAACAGAAGGGAUUUUUAGUUGGCCUGUGUGUGAUUUUCUGCUUUCAUUGCAUCCCUGUAAAGCAAACAUGCCUCGCCGGUUAACUGCCCCGACCUUACCGGAGUGGGAAUAAAACAGAAAAAUGCCCUCGGCAUGCGAGCCGCAGCCCUGGCACGGCGAGGAGGAUCCGGCAGCUGUUGCUGUAUAUUACCCCGGCGAGACGGAGGCAGAGCGGAGGCGAGGCGGCCGCGUCGGAGCCCUAGCGAGCCUCCCUCGAGGUGACAUGGCAGCGGGUCCCUGGGAGGUGCUGGAGACAGACUUGGGAUGCCCUGAGGCCACCGAGGAGCUGCCCGGGCAGGCGGGGAGCGCUCAGAGGCGGCCGAGGAAGGACGUGAGAAAAGAUGCCGAUGUGCCGGGGAGCAGCGACAGGACGAACAGCAGGGCCCAUGGCCUAGAGGAGGAGGCGUCCCAACUUGCUGUCUCCGAGGAGGAUCGAGACGAGCACGGGCUGAGCAUGCCGGAACCGGCGCCCCUCGGCGCGGACAAGAAAGCGGUGGAGAAGAAGCGUGCGGAGAAGGUGGGAGCGAAAAGCAGCACCUCCGUGCCCCCAGUCCCCAAGAGCCUCCCCGUGAAGAGGGAAGUGGAGCCCCAGAGCCUUGACCCCGCAGAGGAGCCGCUCAUCUGGGAAGGGCUCACCCUCAACAAAUGCAUCCUCGUGGCCUCCUUCGUCGCCCUGCUCAGCGUCAGCUUCCAGGUGCUCCAAGCGCCUUGCUCUAGGGAAGGAAUUAGCAGUGACAGACAGGCCCCUCCACCUCCACCUCCACCCCUUCACGAGGUCAUCGACACCGAGGAGGACGUCCCAGAAGUGGUGGCUGCCCCACCGGUCCAGCCCGAGAGCAGCCUGUUCGAGGACAGUGAUGGUGACGAUGACAAGGAUGAUGACAGUGAUGCUGACAGCAAUCUGGCCAAGCCGUGGAUCUUCAAGAAAUGGUUUGGCCGCUUGGAGCCGGAGGACAAAGAGGAAGAGCCUGAAGUUGAACCCGAGGAGCCACCAGCCAAGGUCGAGGUGAGGAAGAGCCGAGAGAAGCCCAGAGGCCCGGAGAGGAAAGAAGAGAAGCCCAAGGAAAGUCGUGUGGCCCAGACGGAGAGGAGCAGUCGGAAGGAGACGCGACCCAAGGACAGAGCCCCUGAGGACAAGGCUGGCAGAGCCCCAAGGGCACCCAAGGAGCCGGAGCAGCAGCCCUACAAGAAGCGGGGUCGGGAGGGCAAGGAGGGCAGGCGAGAAGGGAGGGAGCGGGAAGAGCACAGGAAGGACGAGUGGAAGGGCCGCCCCGCCAAGGCUGACCGCGAGGACAACCGGAAGCGGGACUGGAGGCAGCAGCGAGGAGAGCAGAAGGGCAAGAAGCCCUGGGAGCAUCACACGUCCACCCCGGGGAAGGACGGCACUGCCAGGCCCAGGGAAGGCAAGAAGCGUGACUGAGACCCCGGCCCGCGGGGCUGGGAUGAACAAGGGGCUGAGCAACACUAAAUCCAGGGGGGUCCAAACUCCCCCCAGCCUGGGCGCUGCAGCUAGCACCCCAGCAACCCCCCAGGGCCAAGAUCCACCCACUCUCCUACCACUCCCUGCCUGCUCUCCGGAGACACUGGACUCCAUCUGUGUGCCGAAAUCCCCAGCCACAGCCGUGCCUCCACCCCAUGCUUCGAGGGGAGCCAGCAGCUCACGUGGCUGGAGCAUUGGGUGAGGACACCUGGGUCCUGUUUCCCACUCUGCCACCAGCUCGCUGGGACACCCUGCCCACGUCACGUCACUUCUUUAUCCCUCCACCUCCCCCAUCCCCAAGCCGUGCGUCGCAGUCGGAGCAGGCAGGCGCUCCGGCAUCUCCGAGCAGAGGCACCAGACAGUGAGAGCAGCCCGGGAGCAUGGCACAAGCCUCCCCGUGGCCUUUGGGCCCCUCUGGAUUAGAUGCAUAAAGGCAAGCUGACACGACCGGGGAAGGGAGCUUCUCUCCACUUGGGCUUUGUGCUCAUUCUCCAUCCUCUUGCCGUUCACCUCUGCUCUGCAAACCAGGCCAACCACACGGUACCCGAGGCACCAGGAUGGCGCAGCCAGCCCGGAGCCGCCGUAGCGAUCCCAGCGAACAGAGUUUGCCUGCAGGCUGUUUAGCGCUUGAAUUCAAUUAAUAGUUUUAUUAAAAGCAAAUCAAAAGACAAGUUUGUUCUGGGUUAAAGAAGCCAGGCUGCUGCUAUCCUUGGAUGGACUUCAGGGAAACAAGCACAAAGACCUAGCCAGGCCCUGGUGCCAUCGCCACAGGAUGAAGCGAAGCUUGCUAGAAACAAAACACCGCUGACACAGCCCAUGGCCCUGGGCUCCCUUUGGGACUUGCCUUUACAGAGUAGCUUAUAGGAACAAACCAGAAGUGCAAUAUCUCGCCAUGCUGUAGUAACUACAGGAGACAUUAACAGCCCCAAACUGUGGCAGAUUGCAGUAUUUACUACAUCAAUAGAGGUUAAAAUGAACUAUUUUCAUUUUUAAUAAUGUAUUAAAUUGAACGUUUUAAAAAAAA